AUGCAUGAAGAAGAGAAGAGUGGUAUCGAACCAGCUGAAUUCGAAGAAAUCAACACGAUCAAGACAGGAGCCGACGGCAAGAUAAAACCGCACAAAGUGUGGCUCUUUGCGUGUUCGGUCAAGGUGGUGUUAGCACUUUCGGCAUUUCGGGGCAUGCCGGCCAAAUAUAGCGACAUCUUAAACGCGCACGUUGAGGCGGACAAGAAUGCCUAA